AUGGACGACGACGCCUUCAGCCUCGACGACUACCUCGAGGCGCACGCGCCGACCGACCAGAGCGAUGCCCUCGUGCUCGUCCACCGCGACGAACGCACGCGCUGGGCCUUCGCGCAGAGCCUGCCGCCGCCCCGGACGCUCGCCCGGGCGUCGUCGUCGGCGUCCAUCGUCGACGUCGGCGCCGGCGUCGGCGUCGGCCUCUUCGCGUCUCGCGGCGUCGGCGGCGGCGCCGUCGUCGCGCGCGCGGCGCCCAUCGCGCACGCCGCGCGCGGCGACGGCGCGUGCUGCGACGUCUGCCUGUCGCCCGCGGACGCGCCCGUCGCGUGCCGCGGCGGCUGCGGCGGCGUCGUCUACUGCCGCGCGUGCUCGUCGUCCGCGCGCGCCGCGCGGCACAUCGCGCGCGGCGAGUGCGCCGCGCUGCGCAAGUGGAAGCAUCUCGGCGCGCCGCCGCCGAGCUGCCUGCUCGCGAGCCGCGUGCUGCGGGCCAUGGCGGACGGCGGCGUCCGCGCGUACGUGGAACGACUGCACCGCGCGUCCGACGAGGUGUUAGCGGAAGACGACGGCUUGACGGCCGCCGCGGAGGUCGCCGCGCGCCUCGCCGGGAGCGACGCGAAGGCCGCUGCCGCGGUCCUCGGCGCGCUGCGGCGCAACGCCCACUCCGUCUGCGACGAGGAGCUGCGCGAGGUCGGCGUCGCGCUCUAUCCGCGCGAGAUCACGGCGGCGAACCACAGCUGCGCGCCGACGAUCUGGCCGCGGUUCGCCCGCGCGCCGGGCGCGCCGCCGACCCUCGAGUACGUCGCGCUGCGGUCGCUGGAACCGGGCGCGGAGCUCUGCCACGAGUACCUCGACCUCGCGACGCCGGACCGCCGCGCGGCGCUCCGGCGCGGCUACGGCUUCCAAUGCGCCUGCGCCGUCUGCGUCGGCGGCGGACCGAGCCUCGACGGCGUCCGCGCGCGGCGCGGCGCCAUGGAGGCGGCCAUCGCGGCGCGGGACUGGCCCGCGGCCGCGCGCGAGGCCGAGGCGCUCGCGCACCUCGAGGACCGCUUCGCCGCGGGCCACCCCUACGUCGCCGUGCACCGGCUGCGCUGCGCGAAGCUGCGCCUCGCGCUCGGCGACGACGCCGCGGCGCAGCGCCACGCGGUCCUCGCGAAGAUCCGCCUCGACACGUCCCACGGCCGCGGCUCCGCGCUCGCCCGCGAGGCCGCGGACCUCGUCCGGGACCUCGACGACGACGACGCGGACUUCGACUGGCGCGCGGCCGUGCCGCGUAGAGGAGCCUAG